AUGGAAGAUGAACUGCACAUGAUUGAGAAAAAUGAUACAUGGGAACUAGUGGACAGACCAACUGAGAAACCAGUUAUUGAAGUCAAGCGGGUCUACAAAACCAAGCUUAACUUGGAUGGUUCAGCACCUAGAGCCUGGUAUGGAGAGGUAGACACCUACUUCACUAAGUGUGGUUUUGAGAAAAGUCUAAGUGAAGCUACAUUGUAUACCAAGACAAGGGGAGACAAUGACAUUCUAAUUGUCUCUAUCUAUGUAGAUGACAUUAUCUAUACAGGAAAUAGCAAGGAACUGUUGAAUGAAUUCAAGGAAGAUAUGAUGAUGAAAUAUGAGAUGACAGAUUUGGGCCUUCUACAUCAUUUCCUUGGUAUGGGAGUGGUUCAAACAAGAUCCAACAUAUUCAUCCACCAAAGGAAAUAUGCAAGCUCUCUAUUGAAUAAGUUUGGUUUGAAUGAGUGCAAGACUGUGACCACACCCGUUGCAGCAACUGAGAAGCUAACUAAAGAUGAUGGAAGUGGAGCAACAAGUGAGGAGCAAUAUAGAAGCAUUGUAGGUAGUCUCUUGUACCUAACUGCUACUAAACUAGAUAUUAUGUAUGCCUCUAGCUUGCUUGCUAGAUUCAUGCACUGCCCUACAAAUAAGCACUAUGGAACUGCCAAACGAGUGCUAAGUGACUGGGGUGGAUCAAUUGAAGACAAUAAGAGCACAUCUGGAUAUGCAGUCUCCUUUGGCAGUGGUGUUUUCUCUUGGGCUUCAGUCAAGCAAAACUGUGUUGCAUUGUCUACUGCAGAGGCAGAGUACAUCAGUGCAUCAGAAGCUACUGCACAGGCCAUUUGGCUUAGAUUUGUGUUAGAAGAUUUUGGAGAACUUCAUACAGAAGCAACUCCAUUGCAGUGUGACAAUACAUUUGCAAUUGCCAUUACCAAGAAUUCUGUAUUUCAUCAGAAGACAAAGCACAUUGAUAGAAGGUAUCACUUCAUCAAAGAUGCACUACAAGAAGGUAUUAUUGACUUGGUGUACUGUCCUACAAAUGAACAACUUGCUGACAUCUUCAUCAAACCAUUAGCCAAGGAUCGAUUCAAUUAUCUCAGGAGUAUGCUUGGAGUUAAAUCAGCUCAAGAUUUAAAGGGGAGUGUUGAUUUAUAA